UCGCUUUGGAAGGGUUAGUGAGUCUUUCUUCUGUCGACCACAUUUUCUUCGCUCAGGUCAAGAAAAAGAAGAACAAGUUAUACCUCAUCACUUUGUACUGUAUACAAUUACUGGAUAGGACAUAUAUUUUUUUAAACCUACGGCAAGCUUUGGGGACAGGAAUAUUCAAAGGUUGCGAUCGAGGAGGGGACGGGCUUUGGAAAUAGCUCUCUUGAACUGAACAAAACGUUAGCUGCCAAAAUCCAACGUUGUCAGAUAGCAGGAUGGAUUCUGAAAAUAGGGAUAAACUAUCCCAACUUGUGGAAGAGCUGACUACUUCUGGUGAACCUACUCUAAAUGCAAAAAAGAUGAAGGAGGUGAAGAAGAUAUCAAAGAUUUCCAACGACUACAUUGAGCACUUGUACCAUUUGCUCAUAACCCAGUUGAACCAGGAGCAUGCAGAAAUCAGGCUGUCAGCUUUCCACAUAGUUGCUGAGUUGUUCAGCCGCUCACAUUACUUUCGUGUGCUUCUAGUCGCCAAUCUUCAAGAAUUUCUUGACCUCACUGUAGAGACAGACAUAGAUCAGCCACUGCCACCACCAAAGGAAGUUGCCCAGAAGUUGAAGAGACUAGCUAUCCAGACUGUACAGACAUGGCAUGCCACCUAUGGAGAGGCUUACAAGAAGCUUGCUCUUGGCUUCCACUUUCUUAAACAAGUGAAAAAGGUAGAUUUUCAGGAUGUGGAGGCUCGAACUCUUACAGAAAGAAGGAGACAAGAGGAGAGACAGAGAAGACUGCAAAUGGUGUACAAAGAGAAGCUUGAGAAAGCCAAGUCAGAGAUGGAGGAAACCCGUGAAGACAUUGAGGUGACCUUGACUGAGAUCCUCAGCUGUAUGAAGCUCUUACUACCUGACCCAGAAAACUUUAAUAUGUGCAACCUGGAGCCUAUAGCCAGCACAGAUGGAGCUUCAACAUCCGUAGAGUUUCGAGACUCAAAGUGCAACGAAGAUGUCCAGCCAUGCUGCAGUCGUGACCUUAAUGAUGAAUCUGAUAAGAUGACGCAGAAAAAAGAUCCAAAUGAUUCUGAGAGUGAAACCGAGGAGAGUCCAAAUGAGAGUUCCUUCCUGCGCAACUCUGGUGUGAUGUCUCACAAAUAUAGUUUGGAACUCAGCAUAUCGGAUGUGGAUCUUCAGGAGACUGCAGACAAUGAGGCAGUUCUGGACACUGUAAAGGACCUGCACCUACUCAUCACCACCAAAUAUCUGCCAGCUGUACAGUCCUGGAUUCAGGUUUUCACCAGAGCUGGAGGUGAGGAGCAGCUUCUUAGACAGGCCGUGGAGCUGAAGCACUCUCUGGAAUCUGCUCUACAGAAGCACAAAACCCUUAACAUCAGCCAAAAGAACAGGCAUCGCAGAGUGAUGAGAGGAGAUGAAAGUGAUGACGACUUUGAGGAGGUGCCAGAGAAGGAAGGCUUUGAGCCACAAGUUCUUGAUGACCUGCGUGCCAAGUGUGGUCUGGAACCACUCAUCUCUCCCUCAGGGUUGGCGGUGAAACAAAAGCCUCCAAAACAGCUGGCUACCAAGCAUGUUCCCUUGACUUCCCCUUUAAGUACUUUACGUUCUAAAAUGAAGGCCUGUGAGGAAGAACAGGACCCCACCAGUGCUGCUGCAACCUUACGGAUCCUGAGGCAACGACUCCCAUCCACUGUGACAAAAGAUUGUGGUGCAUCAGGCAGCAGUGUGUCACCCAAAGAGGCUACUGAAGUCGGAGAAGAAAAGGAAGUCCCUGUUGUGCCUUUUGGUAUAGACCUCUACUAUUGGGGGAAGGAGCAACCUACUGCUGGGAAGAUUAUCAAAUACUCCUCACAACAUCAGUUCUGGGUACCCAAUGAAAGAGAAGAAGAAGUUGUGAACGAAGAGCUUUCUGCCCAAAUGAAGUCGCGUUACAUCACAUUUGCUGGUCGCUUCCAACCAGUGCUGCAUAAGUGCAAAGCUCCUAUGUCUAAUGGUGGUCUUUGUGAACGUCAGGAUCGCGUUAAAUGUCCUUUCCAUGGAAAAAUUAUUUCACGAGAUGAUUUAGGAAGGCCAACUAAUCCAGAGGAUGCAGAACGUCUGGAAAAAGAGAAGAGAAAGCUUCAAGAGGAGCAACCUGAUUGGCGAGAUCCCGAGUUGAUGAGAGAGAUCGAGGCAGCCACUGGAGAAGAUCUUGGCUCCUCUAAAACAUUUGGCAAGGGGAAGAAGGGCUCUAAAGGGAAAGGGAAAAAGAGGAAAUACCCCAGCCUGACAGACCUGAAACAGAGUGUCAAUACCUCACGCUCGAGGCUUGAGAAGAAAGUUUUUAACAAGAGCUCCAUGAGGCGUGUCACUGACGUCAUGAAUAAAAUGGACAAAAGGAAGCAUGAGAAGUUUUCCAACCAAUUCAACUAUGCGCUCAAUUAAAAUAUGGACAAACACAACAGCUUUUUGUGAUUGUCUUGCACUCAUUGUACAUAUUUGCUGUACAUACUGUCAUAAUGUUAAAGAUGCAUGGUGCUGUCAGUGAAGUAAGUGUUCUGGUUUGUAUCUGGGAUUUUUCUGCCAAGUAUUUUUACACUGCCAAACAUGAAAAAGUAAUCAUCUUAAUACAUGUACAUUACUAUGCUAAUUUAUUGAUAAUACAUAAAUUAUUUUCCUGAGAUGUCAUCAUCAGCAAUGCUAUUGUCUUAUCUUUUGGUCUAUUAGCUCUGAGGUCUCUGACAUUGGAACACACUGUUAUUACCCUUAUAAUUUUGUUAUACAAUAAUAUGCCGUCUGUUGCAUUUUUUCCACUCAAAACGGUUUUAGCUGACUACUCCAAUACUUUGAAAAGAAGUCAUUUCUGUUUUAGAUUAAUCAGAAUCCUUCCAACUCUGAGAAAAGGAAUCCAUAAGCCAAUCAUUUUAGUAGUUUUUAAGAUGACGCUGAACAUUUUUCCUGUGUUUUCUGUGCAUGUUGGUAAUUUUUGUAAGUGUUUAAUGUAUUUGUGUACAUUUAAGGAGGGCAGGGCAGAGUAAUAGUGCUAUUGGAAAACUCUUAAAGAAGAGAUCCUUUAGGGCAAUAUGAUGAUAUAUGAAUUUAGCAACCACUUGUUUCCCUCAACAGAGUGAUCCCUAAACUCUCUGAAGAAUUACUUCAUAGAUCCAUUGUGUCUCACGUGCCUAAAAAUGUUUCUUUAUGAGAAGCCUUGGAUUUCCGGGUGUGAGAAAAUUACAUUAACACAAAGCCUAGACCAUACUCAACAUUAAGGGGUCUGGUGUAGCAUCCACCUUCAGGAAAAUUCUCUGACUGGUGUUAAUGUCACUGAGAGAAACAUUGUGUGGAUGCCUGCUCCAAUAGCUAUGUUGGUGCCUUUAAAUGUUUCAUAGCCAAACUACAGUAGAAUGAAUGUUAUAUGUGAGUCCUCUGUGUUACCUUUUUGUUGAGAAUGUUGUGUGGAUAAUCCUCACAAAAGAUAAUCUUUACCCCAACCAAAAUUAAUUGGUUUAUCUUAUUAAUGUUCGAAAUUAAAUGGAUAGAUGGCAUAUGUAUUGGUUGAUUCUACAUCCAUUGCAAUUUUUGACAGGGUCUGCAUUCAUCUACUAAAAGGUUUAGGAAACUCACUUUAUGUUUAAACAACUGUUAUGACAUCUUAAUCCAAAAUAUUUGACAUGUCUUCCCUGUAUGCCCUGUGUAUUUUGUAUAUGUUCCUUUUGUGUAUUUCAUGUGUAGGAAAUAUUUAGCCUAUGGAAUGCUUUUGUUUACAAUGGCAAUAGGCCCACAACUUCUCAGGAUAAUAUUUCCAUUAUAAAAUGUUUAUACAGUUGUAAAUAAAGAAAUUAAAAAAUGCAUAUGCUCAAAUACAGAAAUAUCCCUCUCACCUUGGACCCUAAUAUGGCUAAUGGUAUGCAGCAUAUUGGGUCAGACGGAGUUGGUAGUUUUCCGAUAGGCCUAGGUCUCCU